GCAGACGUAAUACAGACAGAACUGUUCAGCCAAUUGAAUUGAACUCAUCAUUAUGCCUAUUUUGUUUGCGGUUAUUGCUAGAGGGACUACGGUCCUAGCGAAAUAUGCUAGUUGCCAGGGCAACUUUACAGAAGUGACAGAACAAAUCCUGAUGAAGGUUCCUCCAGAGAAUGCCAAGUUGACAUAUACACAUGGUCAUUAUUUGUUCCAUUAUGUCUCAGAAGAUAGGAUUGUAUAUCUUUGUAUAACAGAUGAUGAUUUUGAAAGAUCAAAAGCAUUUCUUUACCUUCAAGAAGUCAAACAACGAUUUACAACGAUGUACGGUAACAGAUCUCAGACGGCAUUACCUUUUGCAAUGAAUAGUGAAUUUUCUAGAGUUUUACAAAUGCAAAUGAGACAUUACAGUGAUGGCUCUGAUGGAGAUAAUGUAUCAAGAGUACAAGGUGAACUGGAUGAAUUGAAAGGAAUUAUGGUCAAAAAUAUUGAUACCUUAGCGUCACGGGGAGAAAAGCUGGAAUUACUUGUUGAUAAAACCGAAGAUCUUGAAACAAAUAGUUUAACAUUCAAGAAAACAAGUAAAAAUUUGGCAAGAUCCAUGUGUAUUAAAAAUGCAAAGUUAACUAUCAUUUUAGUUAUAGUUUUAAUUGUGAUAAUUUAUUUCAUAGUGUCUGCAGCGUGUGGUGGACUCAGCUGGCCACAUUGUACUGGCAAAUGAAUAGACCAACAAUAUUUACAAGUUCAUUUCAACAUAAUAGGUCCUUCUCACAGAUAUUACUAAAUAUUAUUAAGUGAUGUCUGUGAGGCUUGGUAUAUUGGAAACAUGUAGGAAACUGAUAGGUUUGCAUGUAACAGUACAUUGCUGUUUCAAUAUAGUUCAUAGACAGCAUCCUUACAAACUUAAUAGCCUGGAUGCCAAGCUCUAGAGUGAUUUGAACAUACAAUGCCUUGUACUGAUUUACUGAGAGUUGG